AAAUGGAACUUCUCCCGCGACGGAGUUUUGCCAUUUUUUUUGCAGCGUUCAGGCCUACCAAGGAGUGGGGCAGUGAACCAUAGGAGAGAGACAGAGAGAGAGAGAGAUGAGACUUCUAACGCACAACAUGCUAUCCUCCAACAUAAAGGGCGUGACAAAUGGAUUCCCCCUUCAAUUGGAGGUGGAGAAAAUGGUGGUUAAGGAGGUCGCCUUCAACGGCGAUUUUCUGAAGAAUAUUUUCCCAAAGAUAGAGUGGAAAGCCCUUUUAGAUGCAGCUGUGGCCAUGGGAUGUGGAGACCUUCCUGAAAAUGCAGAGGCCACAAUGCUCGACAACGAAGAAUUUCUCAGGAAGUUUCACCAUGCUCUGCUGCAACUUCACUUGGAAGAGGGAGCCCUAAUAUGUCCUGAAACUGGUCGAAGGUUCCCUGUGAGCAAGGGUAUACCCAAUAUGCUUCUCCACGAAGACGAGGUCUAGAGGGAUUGUUAGACCUCUUGGGAAGAAGUCCUUGUAAAUUGGAUGGAAUGAGGACUUAAAUCACAUUCAAAUGUGAGAAUUUUGAAGGUAACUGGCACCAAAUUGGCCAAAAAAAGUACCAGAAACGCUCAAUAUGAGAAAUUAUUCAUCAGACUUGAUAUGAAAUCAUAUAAGGUCCAUAUUUUAUAAAAAAAGAUUUCCAAGUUCUGUUAAGUGCAUUCACUUAUGAAGGUUCGCAGGGAUUGGUGCCGAAGUUAGCCAUGGACAUAUAUUGAAAUCUGCUCCUAAUGAUUGAUAUUAGAGCUGUUGCUGUAUGUGAGCCUUUUUUUGUGUAUGUUUAUGCGUGUUGAACUGCUCUGCAUGCAAUUA